AUGGGGGCCUCGGAGUCAAAGCUUGUUUUCAAGCAGGGCAUCUUCCGCCUCUCCGAGGAGAAGGAGAUCCCCGCUGACGACCCGUACUGGACACGAUUCUGGGAAUUACCUGAAUCCUCCGAGGACAUCUUCAGCUUGUUCACGCCAGCCGACAUCCGACGAACGCGCGACCAUGCCUUCUCCAACUUUGAAACGCUGUUACUGUCCGUCUCUUCGCGACUGGUAGUACUUAAGAACCACCCGUCAUUCCCAGAUCCAGACCUAGCUCCCGAGCGGGACGUUCUGAACUGCAUUCGCAUCCUUACCCGACUGCUGCCCUUUGUCUACGAAGCCGAACAUCUUGAGGACUGGGAAGAGAAGUUCUUCUGGGCCAGUCGCAGGAAGAAGACCAGACAGGCGCAGAUCGCUGGCGAAAUUCUCUUUGAUGAAGCACAGUUGGAGAGCCCGCAGGGCGAGUCGCCUCGAGGGGAGGAGUACGAGGAUGUGAAGCCUCUUGGUGAAGAGCUGAUUGACACUCUGCUCGAUCUACUCUUCUUCGCCGACUUCACUAUUCCAAUACUCCCUACUGCGAAGAGUAAAAUCUCGUACUCGAUCUGGCAAAGUGGUGUUGGUUGCAACACGGCAAUGGGAUCGAACAAGACGUUGGAAAGCAACCGCUGUGAGAUUGUACGCUUGCUUUUGACGAUGACAGGCAAGGCAAUGUACAUGCCAUCAAACACUCUUCCCGUGCAAGGUGUCCGGGCUAUUACGUAUAUCACCACUUGCCAGGACAAGCAGGCCGUCUUGACGCUUCUAUGCUCUCUCCUCAAUACGGCUAUGAAAUAUAACCCUGCCACUUGGAGGGUGCCAUACGACCAUGUUGUUUGGAAGGAUCCGAAACAGAUCCUAGUGAUAUACUGCUUGCAGCUUCUCCUCGUUCUUCUGAUGUAUCCCAUUCCUGAGGAUGGUCGUGGAGCUCCGCCAAAGAACUAUUACCGCCAUUACUUUGGAAGGCUUCAUCGGCCCCAGGAUUUCCAAUUCCUCAUGGAUGGCAUGACAAGGAUCUUAAACCAACCUAUGCAAGCCACGACCUCCUAUCUCCCUGGAAGUCAGAGAUCGGUAAAAUGGGCACCUGAGAUCCUGAUGCUCUUCUGGGAGACGUUGCAAUGCAACAGGCGCUUCCGAUCAUUUAUCAUUGAUUCUAACCGCUCGCACGAUUUUGUGAUUCUUUGCGUUUUCUACGCGAUGGAGUACAGAAUGGACCCGACAAAGCAGGGUGUGGUUCGGAUGUGCGUUUUCAUCCUCCAGACCAUGAGUGCAGAGCCCACCUUUGGCAAGAGUCUCAACAUGGCUUUUGAGGCCCAGGAAACUUUACCUCAAUCGAUACGACUACUGAAGUUCCGGGGCUCGUAUGCCGACUAUCUGAUAAUGUCGGUUCACAAUCUCAUGGCUACCAGCAAGGGACAUCUUGAUACCGUCUACCCCGCUCUUCUUAUUAUCCUCAACAACAUCGCGCCCUACAUCAAACACAUCUCUCCGAGCGCCUGUUCCAAAAUCAUCCAACUCUUCUCCUCUAUGUCUGCGCCUAGCUUCUUGCUGGCAAACGAGACAAAUCAUACGCUUCUUGCAUCGCUGCUCGACUUUGUCAACACAAUUCUCGAGCAAAACUUCACUGAAAACCCGUACCUUGUUUAUGCGAUCUUAAAGUAUAAGCAGCGAUUCGAAGCCGUCCGGGCGUUUACUCUAGAGAGUGGCCAGCAGGAGAUUGAACGUCAGAAAGAGAAAUGCAAGGCAGGUGACAUGCCAGGAGACAUCAUCACCAGUCCGACACUUUCGCACUCGGAAGAGGAUCUUCAUGCGCCCUCGGGCGCCCGCUCGCCUUUGACCCGCAUUCCCGAGGAAAACAGCGCAUUUGCGAUUGGCGACGACGAUUCCGAUGAUGAGGAGGGAACUGAUGGACAGGAAACUCCAUCUCAGUCUUCUCCGUCGGGUCAAACCUCUCGCCGGCCAUCUGUUGUGUCGGCGGCUGAUGAGAGCAUCUCCCAGGCCCGGGUAAUGUCUGAGAAGGCGCGUGGCAAGAUGCCUGCUGGGAGACCGUCUUUCUCGCGCCAGAAUAGCAUGACCAGUCAGACCAGCAUGUCUGCUUUGUUCAUGUCGUCGUCUACUGGCUUUACGCCAACAGUUGCUUGGCUUGAAUCCUGGCUUCCGGAGCUACCUCUGCAUACGAUUCUCACCAUCAUCGCCGCUAUCGCCCCCCAUAUCCCCGAAGCAGCGCUUCUGGCCACGUCUAGUCCCGAGGCUCGCACUCUGAUCAACAACCUUCCAUCGUUUUCGGAGGAGCCCCAGAUCAAGAGCAUCACAUCAGAACCAACCCCGAUCCGUGCCCAUUCCUUUGAAUGGUCUGCACUAUCUAUGGGUUGGUACGAGUCGCUUCUUUGGGGGUUUGUCUUUUCUAGCGAGAUGAUUGUUGGCUCCGCUGCGGGUGCAACACCAGGCACAGUUGGUGUUUGGAAUGGGACCAACAUCCGACUCUUUAGGGUGCAGGAAGCCGCAGCUCAAGGUCCCUCUUUGUUGGCCCCUAAGGGCGCCGUAGACGCAGUGGGUAGUAAUCUGGUCCAGCGUAUUGGCAACCUCAGUCUUCGAGGUCGCAACUCGAUUUCGCAGGAGGGUGGACAAUCCCCGAGCAAUUAUCGUAGGCAAAGAUCGGCGAUUUGUAUCAGGGCCUUGGAACACGUGCGAGCCGCGUUCCGCCUCAACCUGCUUUCAAAUGUUGUCAACUUCACCCCUUCACACCUGAACCGCGAACUCGCUAUGGUAUCUGCGCUCGUACUGUUUACGGCCGUGGUCAUGGCUCUUUCCGGCCCGGACCCGGUCGGCGCGAUCACUUCCAGCCUGCAGAGCAUCCUCAAGAAUACCCACGGAAGCAAAGCAUAUGAGUAUCCCACAGACAUAACAAGGGAUUUAUAUCCGAUUCCUGUGCACUCUCAUAAUGACUACUGGAGAGAUGAGCCUUUCUAUACCGGUUUGUCCAAGGGCUGCACAUCCACCGAGGCUGAUGUUUGGCUGUAUAACGGCACCCUUUUCGUUGGACAUGAUCAAUCUGCCCUAACGAAGGAGCGGACACUCGAGGCCCUCUACAUCAACCCGAUUCUGGACGUUUUAGAACGUCAAAAUCCCGUUAGUCCAUUUGUAACGGAACCUACCAAGAACGGUGUCUGGGAUACUACCCCCGAUCAGACACUUUACUUAUUCAUCGACGUGAAGACUUCCGGUGUCGAAACCUUCGAGGCCGUUAUUGAAGCUCUGGCACCCCUUCGGGAGAAGGGCUAUCUAACCACUCUCAAGGGUGGUCGAACCAUCACCAAGGGCCCCGUCACCAUUAUAGGCACAGGUGAGACCCCACUGGACAUGGUUGCGCCUGUCGAGGACCGGGACUACUUCUUUGAUGGACCCCUUGACAAGCUCAACGAUACCAAGUAUGAAGACAUCACGGGAUUGAUUUCCCCCAUCGCCUCUACGGACUUCGCGGCCGCAGUGGGCAAAAUCACCUCUGACACUGAUCCGAUCCUCUCCGAGGGCCAACUCAAGGCACUCCGUGAUCAGAUUGCCACGGCUAGGGAGCGCGGUAUUGGUGCGAGAUACUGGAACACGCCUGUCUGGCCCAUACGCCAGCGUAAUCUCGUUUGGAGGACGCUUUUGCGCGAGGGGGUUACCCUACUCAAUGCGGAUGAUCUUGACGCAGUGACGAAAGAAUUCUGA